CACGUUAUCCAAAAUGGCGGCUUCCUUUGCAGUUUGCGACAAUGUGAUAACGUGUUAUGAUGACUAACUUUUGGUUUGCUUCUAUAAUCGACUUUAAUAUCGCAUACUUUUGAAUCACCCUGUUUAACUAGUAUAUACGAACACUGGGCCUUGUGAUUUUAAAGGUGAGGCUCAGGAGACGGCGAUUUAGUAGCGAAUGCUAGCAGGCUAAAGUUCCGUGCGCUAACCCAGCACGUUGGCUCAAGUCUUUCAGCUUUAUUUGGCAACCACUAAAACGUAUUGUAUUGUUCUUUCAAGGCGUUAGUGUGAGGCACUUACUUCUUUGUACUGAAGUUUGAGAUUGUACUGCAGGUUUCAUGGCCUUGCUAUUUUAAAACCUUUCUUCUGUCAACGCUGUCUUUUACCUGGGUAAACUCGCCCACAAAUAGAAAUGGCUUCCUUUAAACCUACAAAAAUUCCUGUUCAUCCAAAACUUGGAGAAAAAGUGACACAGGAUACACUGUAUUGGAAAAACUACAAGGCUCCAAUCCAGAUAAAAGAAUUUGGAUCAGUCACAAACAUUGACUACUCCCCAGUCGCCCCACAUAACUUUGCUGUCACUGCAUUCACACGAAUCCAUAUUUAUGGCCCAUUCUCACAGGAGCCAGUGAAGACAUUCACAAGGUUUGAGGACACGGCUUACUGCGGGAGGUUCCGUUCAGAUGGUCAGCUCCUUGUGGCGGGAUGUAAGAACUCAGUGGUGCAGCUGUUUGAUGUCAACGGCAAGGUGGCCCUCAGGAUGUUCAAAGGACACACAAAAGCUGUACACUUGACAGACUUCACCGCGCACCAGUACCAGAUCCUCAGUGGGUCUGAUGACCAUACUUGUCGGCUUUGGGACAUCCCAAAUGCAGUUGAGGUCACCAGCUACCAAGAACAUACAGAUUACAUUCGCUGUGGCGUCACGAGCAAACUCAACAGAGAUCUCUUCAUUACAGGCUCAUAUGACCACACACUCAAAGUGUUUGAUGGCAGGAUGGAUAAGUCUGUAAUGACUAUGGACCACGGCCAGCCAGUUGAAAGUCUGCUUCUCUACCCUUCUGAGGGACUCCUUGUCUCAGCAGGGGGACGCUAUGUCAAAGUGUGGGAUUUGCUGAAAGGUGGCCAGCCCCUGGUAUCACUGAGGAACCAUCACAAAACUGUCACCUGUGUGUGUCUGAGCAGCAGUGGCCACAGGCUGCUGUCAGCUUCUUUGGACAGGCACGUGAAGGUGUACAACACCACCAACUACAAAGUGGUGCACAACUUUGACUAUGAUACCUCCAUCCUUAGUCUUGCUUUGGCUCCGGAUGAUGAGGCCAUUGUCGUGGGUAUGACAAGCGGUAUUCUGAGCAUCAAGCACAGGAAAAACUCUGACGAGUCGAAAGAACUGUCGCGUCAACAGAAGCGGGGACCCUCAUACCGUGUGUUUGUGAAAGGAAAGAACUACGUCUCUAAACAAGAUGAUUUUCUUGUCAGUAAACCUGUGAGACAACAUCUGGCAAAAUUUGACAAAGAGCUAAAGAGGUUCAAUGUCUCCAAGGCUUUGGAUGUAGCUCUGGAGUCGUGGACCAGACGAAAGAAUCCGGACAUUGCCGUUGCUGUUAUGAAGGAGUUGAAUCGGAGAGGAACACUGAAAAACGCUUUAGCGGGACGGGAUGAACAGGAUGUGUCGAAGUUGCUCAACUUUUUAAUAGGGAACUUGGUUGACCCGAGGUUUGCAUCGAUCCUCAUCAUAGCAGCUGAUAUGAUCCUGGACAUUUACCAGUCAGUCAUCGGCCUGUCGCCUGUCGUGGACGGCCAGCUUUUGCGUCUUCAGGAUCUACUGAAGAGAGAAAUUGAUUACCAGCAAGAACUCAUGGAAGUGCUGGGUAUGUUGGACACUGUGUUUUCCUUCUGCCACCAGAGGACGGAGGUGCCGUGCUCAGGAAACGGCAGACCCAACGGCCUGGGUGGGGGAGAAGGUAGUAGUACCUCACAACCUCACCUCCAGACUACCUGAUGCCUCUACUAUAAGUUUUUUUUUAUCAAUGCAUUAGAUAAAGGUGCUUCACAUCAGGGACAUGUCAUAGCCCCAUUGGAUGAAAAUAGUUUGGCGAAGGUUUCAGGAGAGCCUAUUGGACUAAUGCAAUGUGCAUUCACGAAUUCAGAUUCUUGAGUAGAAAAUCAACAAUUUUUAUUGGAAAGACUUAAUUAUACAGUAUACUUUCACUUGUAAAUGGAGUAUGUGUGAGCUUGUCCAUGUCUGUAUGAUAUGUUGCUAUUCAUUGCAUUGAUAAACAUUUCUUAGGAACA